AUGAAUCUACCCUCAUCUGUUGCCCUCUCUGUCUUCUGCCGCUUUCUUUGUUUUGGUGGCACAGUGAUGCGUGUGUGCUGGCUCGUGGGGAAAGAGAAAUGCAGUCAGCGAAUGAAACUGCCGCACUUGGAAGCAGUGGUAAUUGGGCGUGGCCCAGAGACUGGGAUAACGGAUAGGAAGUGUUCACGGCAGCAAGUUCAGUUAAAAGCAGACUGUAACAAGGGGUAUGUCACAGUUAAGCAGAUAGGAGUCAACCCAAGUAGUGUUGAUCUCGUGAAUAUUGGCAAGGAUGAAGAGGUGAAAAUGAAGCCAGGCCAAGUUCUGCAUAUUGUGAAUAAACUUUACCCCUACACGGUGCGAUUUGCUGAAGAGUCAGGGAAAACCGCUAGAGAAGCGGAAGAGAAAACACAAACCGACAAGAUGCCGUGUGAGGUCUCCAGCGAGAAUGAUGAUGUAGAGCUUGUGCCCAGAAAAACAAUGAAGAUGGAGGUGGUGGAUGCACAAGGCAGUACUGCAAAUCCCAAGCUAAGCAAUACUGGCCUAUCUCCAUGUGAAGGAACUUCGGUCAAAAAGGAACAUUUAGGACACUGGAGUCAGGGUCUAAAGAGCUCCAUGCAAGAUCCAAAAAUGCAGGUUUACAAAGAUGAAAAGGCUGUAGUCAUCAAGGAUAAAUAUCCCAAAGCACGUUACCACUGGCUUAUCUUACCAUGGGACCCCAUUUCAAGCCUGAAGUCAGUCACGCGGGACCAUCUUGAACUCCUGGAACAUAUGCAUGCAGUUGGGCAGAAAAUGAUCGAACAGUGCCCUGACAGAGCAAGUCUGGAGUUCAGACUGGGUUACCAUGCUAUCCCCAGUAUGAGUCAGCUACAUUUGCAUGUAAUCAGCCAGGAUUUUGAUUCUCCAGCCCUGAAAACCAAAAAGCACUGGAACUCUUUUACUACAGACUACUUCUUAAACUCUCAAGAUGUGAUAGAGAUGGUAAGAAGCAAAGGAAAGGUGAUAGUGAAAGAUCAUGCCUCUGAACUUCUCAAAUUGCCCCUCAGAUGCCAUUGUUGCAAACAACAGCUGUCCACUAUCCCACAGUUAAAGGAACAUCUCAGGAAACAUUGGCCAAAAUGACUUUGCAAAAACUCAACCUGCAACCUGUGUGCAGAUUUCAGGCUAAAACAAGGACCUCAAAAUGUUAGUGGACAUGUAUGUUUUUUGUUAAUGGAGUGACAGUAUUGUGGGAAAAAUAG